AUGGGAGCUCUCCGCGGGGCCGUGCGCGCGCUGCCGGCUCCGCACCCGUGGGUGUCGUGGCUGGUCGUCCUGUGGGUGUCUGUCGGAGCCGCGGUGCCCCUGCUGGGCGGUGAGCCUGACUGCGGCCUGGACGAGUACAAGCCGGACGGUCUCAAGCGGUGUUGCAAGAAGUGUCCUGCUGGCUCUCACGUCAGCAGACACUGUGGUGCAAACCAUGGUGUUCCGCUGUGUAGCCAGUGUGAACCGGGAACCUUCCUCGCCUACCAAAGCGGGCAGACCAGCUGCCAGCCGUGCACUACAUGUCGAGCAGACCAGGAGAUGGUGGCAGCCUGCACACAGACCAGCGACCAGCAGUGUCAGUGCAAGACGGGGAGCUUCUACUGCGACUCACUGAACUGCGUGGAGAACUGCCUCCGGUGUCACAGCACACGCUGCCCUGCUGCAAGGACACUGGUCACGGAUGAAGGCCCACCAUAGUCUGGUGUGACCUUAUCCGUCACGUGAGCAUCUCUGCAGACACCCUUCCAAGGUUCUGGGUGGGCGCGGAUGUGGGAGGACCUUCUGGGGACGUUGAUGGUGGCAGAGCCACUAAAAGUGUAGCUGGCAUUGGUGAGGCAUGUUGUAAACCAACAUGCCUCGGGCUGUGUUGAACGGUAUUUUCCUGGACCUGCCAGUCCAAGGUCAGUAGUGCUUUCAGGUGAGAUUUGAUCAAGGCUCUGGCUGCUCUGUCUCCCCUCACACGUCCACCUUUCCAAGAGCUUCAGCUUUGGGCUAACUUCUUUCCUGAGGGAGCUAGAGAUACAGGUGAGGAGGGCCAGUCCUCCCAGCACAUACAGUGCUGUCCAGGAACGGGUGUCCCCCAUCCCACAGGUCCCAGAGCACAGGACAGAGCUUUACCCUUAUGUGUACCAAUCUGGGCCAGACAUCGCGGAGAUGCUGGGCAGUGACUGGGUGAAGGCUGGCAGCCAUCCUGGGAGCUGGGGUUCCUCUUAACCCCUGACCUGUGGGUGGUAAGAAGGAUGAUUCGGGCCAUGUCCAGACAGGGAGGAGCAAUGCUGAGGGAGUCCUGCCUCUUUCAGAUGUACUGGUACUGUCAUUCAGCCCUGCAAUGCCACACAUGAUACGGUCUGUGACUCGGACGCUGGGGCAGACACACCAGGUAAGAAACAGGUGCUCUGUCUUCCAUCCAGGUUGGGAGACC